AAGCCCUCUUUGCCCGUUGGAAUGUCGUCUGCUCAAGUUAUCACAUUGGCGACGAGGAUGACAACGCACCCGCGCUGCCCAGCGGAAGCGUCGCAGACGGCAGCAGACGAGCACCAUACGAGCGGGGCCAACUGAACGGACAGCGACAGCCAAAGCAGCGCAGUCAUCGCAUCUCAAGCGGGCGACGGACGGAGCGGACACGACGGACGGAAGCCAGCAACCGAUAAGUACACCGUCGGUUUGCCGAAAUAUGGCACCUCUUGGAAAGCUUGACGAAUACGACGAAAAACAACAUAAUUUUGACUCGUAUUUAGAGCGUUUCGAGCACUUCGUUAGCGCAAACGACAUCAAACCAGAAAAGAAGCUAGCGGUGUUCUUGACCGUUAUAGGACCUCGAGCUUACGAAGUUCUGAAAAGCUUGGUCGUACCGGCAGUACCGGGAGAUAAGUCGUUCGAAGAAGUGAAAGUUUUGCUGAAAAACCACUAUAGCCCGAAGAGCUCGGUCAUAGCGGAAAGGUGCAAAUUCAACAGACGUGUACAAGAGGAACAGGAGAGCGUUGAAGAUUUCAUUGUAGCGCUAAAGCAUUUGGCAAGGAAGUGUGACUUUGGCCAGUUUCUGCAAGAUGCUCUGAGGGACAGGCUUGUGGCGGGAAUACGGCGCGAAGAAACGCAACGUGCGCUAUUCACCGAAGAAAGCUUAACCUUCGAAAGGGCAUGCAAGAUCGCAUUGGAUCAAGAGCAGGCGGCACGACAGACAGCGUUACUACACGCCGGAAGCAGAGACGCGUCGUUGAACGAGAUAAGAGCGAACCAGAAAGAUAACGUCAAUAAGCGUGACGUUCGAAAACACAAGCAAAGCAAGAAGUCUUGCGAAAGAUGUGGAAGGGCGCAUGCGGCAAGCAAAUGUUGGUACAAGAAUGCUACGUGUCACAAGUGUGGCAAGUUAGGCCAUUUGCAAAAAGUGUGCUCGAACGAAAAAAAGGGACCCAAGAACGCGAAUGCAGUGGACUGCUCGGAGGACGAUUCAGAACUGGACGUCUAUCACUGCCUUAACACGGUGCGUUCGGGUUAUGAAGUGAAAGUCAAUGUUGAAGGGGCGGACGUUUUCAUGCAAAUUGAUACAGGAGCGGCUGUAACAAUUGUUCCUGAAAGUGUUGCGAAAACCGUGUUCCCUCAUGUCAAGUGUGAGCCAUCUCGGGUAAACCUAAAAACGUACACGGGUGAACGAAUCCCGGUAAAAGGGCAAUGUGACGUUUCCGUCACAUACGAAAACCAGACUUUGAAACUGCCCGUUAUCGUCGUCGAUAACCAAGGCAAGAAAUUGCCGUUGCUCAUGGGGCGGAACUGGCUUGAGAGGCUCAGACUUGAUUGGAAAAGCGUCAUGUCACUGGAGCAUGUAACUGAUUCACACCGAAUAGAAGCGCUGCGUAACAAGUUCCCGACAGUAUUUUCUAAUCAGUCUAGUGUCACGAACAACUAUCAAGCGAAGAUAGUUCUAAAACAAGAUUGUACGCCGGUUUUUUGCAAGGCGAGACCGGUGCCUUACGCGUUACGCGAUAAGGUUGGAGAAGAGCUGGAACGAAUGCCGCUGGAAAUAUUUAAAGAAUUAGAUUUCUAG